CGUCUUGUGUUACAAUCAUGGACCGUGAGGCGGAAUAUGUCACUGUCACGCAUUACAUUAAUCCGCAUUGUUUCUGGUACAAACCGAAUGUGGCUUACACGCCGGAACAGCAGCAGUGCUUGUUCUCUUCAAAACUCAACGAUAAGUGUGUUGCAUUAUACGGUGCUCGGUUCUUCGGAGAGCAGAAGGUAGCCGGACGCUGCGUCGCGGAUGUUCCGGAAAACGUCGUGGCAGUAUACAAUACCAUGGACGAACGCUGGAACCGGUGUGUAGUGGACGAAGUUAUUAACUGUCUAGGCGGGAAACGGAUGUAUCGGCUUUGGGCGUUGGACGAAGGAAUACCCAUCCAAUCUAGCGCUGAGUUUAUCCGACCACUACCGGCGGAAUUCAAGGAUGAGCCGGCGCACGCGAAGCGAGGAUCACUGAUGAAUAUUUUCCCCUUUGAGACCAGCAAUAGAUUGAUGCGCAACGCCCCUGGCGGCAUAACAAACAAAUGGUACGCGGGAGCAGUGUCCGUGAUGGAAACGUUCCUGGAAAUGGCGUCACUCGUGUCGAUGGUAGAAAAGGUAGAAUUCCCAUUAGAUGGCGAAAUUAUACACUUUGGUGAUAUGACGGUCGAGUUGGACACUAACGAAGUGUGCGAUGUCGCGCAGUUUCUCUACGAAAAAUGCCCAAACCAAGUCACUCAAUGCCUUCCGUCGAUGUUUUUCAAAGAUAUUUUACAGCUCAAAACAUUGCGCGUGAGUCGCUACCAUACUAACGGAGGGAUCGAUAGUGCGCUCAAACAAACAGCCUGGAUGAAGACUUAUUCCAAACACAAGGCUGUGCUGCAGGUGGAUGUUCUAAGGGGCAGUUUUGGAAAUGGCAUGAAGACAUCUCCUAUUACAUCCGACAUCGCCGGUAACCUCAAGACAUCUCCUAUUCUAUAUGAUGUGCGAAAACCUGACAAUGAGAUUAAACAGGGUCAAACUACAAUGCCGAAACCAACACAAACGAACAUUGCUCCCGCUGGUGACGCCAAGAUAUGUUCAACUAUGAAACGCAUGGAAAUCUCUCAAAUGGAUACCAAGAUAUCUCCGGCUACAGCGCAGCAGGGAACACAAAACAAAAAACCCCCAAUUCGUCGGGUGAAUAUUUUCCCAGCUGGUUUUCCAAUUGCAAAGGCGUUGGAUAGUAUACGGAAGGAAUCUAUGAAAGCAAGCAAACAAUAAACGCUGUUAACGGUAGUUUGACGCUCGCAGUUCCUGGUAGGCCUGCGA